AUGGAGAGGACUCUUAAAGAAGAGCUAGAACAUAUGGAUGAAUGGUUAGAGAUCAGGGAGUUGUUCGAAGAGGAGGAAUGGACUAAAUCGGUUUGUUUGAAAGAUUUAAAGGAGUUGGAAGCUUCAUUUUACAACAAAGGUGCGAUUUCGGAAAGAUGUAGCUCGUCUUUCAUUACCCUUAUCCCGAAAAACAAGGACCCGGUGGGGCUGAAAGAUUAUAGAACGAUCAAUCUUAUCGGGGUGAUAAGCAAAACUAUAUCAAAGAUCCUUGCUAAUCAGCUUAAGAAGGAGAAGAAAAAGGCUUUCCUUCUGAAAAUUGAUUUUGAAAAGGCUUAUGAUAACGUUAAUUGGAAGUUUCUUCUGGACAUCAUGGGUCAAAUGGGUUUUCCUAGUUUAUGGUAUAAAUGGGUGGAAGGAGUUCUUGUUUCGGCUAGGUCCUCGGUUUUAGUGAACGGAUCUCCUACUUUUGAAUUUAGUUGCCCCAAACGGAUUAGACAAGGUGAUCCAUUGUCGGUUUAG